CAGAACUUUUACUUCUCAUACUUGAAGUAAGAAUUGCUGAUGAUACUUCAGUUCUUCUUGUAGUGAAGUGGAGUAAAUUUAUAUUAAUUUAGAAUCUGAAUACUUCCUUCACUGAUGCAGUGAAGGAAGUAUUCUAAAUUCAGAUGUGUCUGUCGUGUUUGUUUACAGUCGAUUAAAUCAUUUCUGUGGCUGCAGAGCGUUUUGAUUAAAGGAGCAUUACGUAGAUUUGGAGGAGAAAUUCGAACUCAAGAGUUUAGGUUUUCUAAGAUGGCAGGAGAGACACGAAGAGACUCGACUUCUUCUUACAAUCGAUAAAUCCUCCAGAAAGUGUUUCAGCUUCUCGUCUGGACUUGUUCUUGUUGCAUUGAUACCUUUAAAUCUUUGAUUCCCGCUCUGCAGAUGUUUUUAUUGAUUUUACUUAAUAUUUAUUUUACUCUUCCAUGAUGAUCCAACACUUUAUUAACAUCUUCUGUUUCCUGCAGAGUCCUUUAUUCCACUGAUUUCACUCUUACUUUAUUUUACUGGUCCGUCUUCGUGUCUUCAUGUCUCUGUUCUGAUUUCAUGUUCUCUGUGCUGAUCGAUCCGAUUGAUCCUGGAUCAUAGGAGACAUACUGAGGUGAUUGUUUGACAUGAGAUCAACGUGAUCUCAGUGUUUGUGAGUUUUUUGCGACUGACUUUGAAAGAAACAGAUUUGUUGAUGAUACAAAAGGACAAACAGUUAUUAUCAUUAUCUCACCGCCUGCCAGGUAAUUCUUCACCUAUUGAUUAACUGUUUAAUCUGUGGGAAAUAUUAACGAUCCACUGACUGAUCACAACUUGAUUAUCAAUCAGUUGUUUAAGAAAAACAAAAUAAAAAGAGUUUUUAACAGUUUGUGAAACUGUCUCAGUUUAAUUUUAUAAACAAACGAGAACGUCAGCGAGAAGUUUGAUUAUUUCUGUACAUUUAUUAUAAUUAUUCUCUUUCUCAAUAAUAUAUAUAUUUGCUCUGUUACUUGUUGGAUUCAUGAAACUGAAAGUACUGGAUGAGAUCAGUCUGACGGCAGUCUCAGUUCAGAGGAGAAACACUGGACCAGGACUCAACACAGACCGAGAGAUCGAUGUUCUGACCCGGAUGAAGCGACAGAACAUGUUGGAAGUGACAGCUGAUCAUUAACAGGAGCAGAGGGAGGCUUCACACGGCUGUCUGGACGGUUUCAGGUUGAAACUUUUAAUCCAACCUCAUGAAUUUAAAACUAUUCCUCAUGUCACAGUCUGAGGAAGAAGCUGCGCUGAUGUCCGGUGAAGUUAACAACAAAAAAAAAGUUCCCUGAAGCUGCUUCAAGUCAUUUUUCAUGGAAAACAUGCUGAAAUGUUUCUGGUCCAACUUUCUCACCUGUGAAUAUUAUUUGGAUUUGUGUCAUAUAUGACAGCAACAGCUUGUCUUUAGUUUCUGUUUCUAUAGGACGACUGUGAAAGCAGCUUAUAGAGCGCUGGGACCUUCAUUUGGAUCAGACGUGUUCAGUAGUCGACCGAGAGACAAAAAGAUGUUUGAUCCUGUUUGUGUCGUGAAUCACACAUGGUGUCAAUAAAGUUUGUUGUGAUUAAAGUGAAACUUCAUGCAGUUGUGUGUGUCUCAACACCAACGUGGAGCCAACACCGUUCAGAAAAGGUCGUGAACGAGAUGAACGUCACAAUAAAUCUGCUCAUGUUGACGACUGCAGAUCUGGUUCUGGUUCAGUUCUGUGAGCUGCUGAUAUACAGGAGCAGCUCGACAGUGGUGAAGUCAGGAGACGACUGUCGGCUGAGUCGUCGUCUUUAUAAUAACGUAUCUUCAGUCUGAUGACAAACAAACAUCAUGUGUGAGAUUAAUCACACAAUUCAAACAGGAUCAAUAAAUGAUCCGUCUCUCUUCAUCACCGCUGGUUCUGGUGACUUCAGCUCUCUGUUAUGAUCCAUAUUCAUGUUUGUUGUUGGACGGUGACCUCGAGUGGACGUAGUGAUUGUUAUGGCUGCAAAGGAGGAAGUCAGGUGGCGUAGUCGGCUCAUCGGGAGGAGGACGGGGUGGACAGUUGGGUCGAACAAGCGCCGGACUUGGAUGCAGGAGACAGCAGCUCAUGACAGAACUGCAGUGAUGGUGCUAACAGUCCAACCUAGUCAGUCGGUUUUGGUUCUUGAGAUUUGGAUCACCAGCCGCCACCGCACCAGGUCAGCUGAGCCGGACUCACUCUUCUUCAUCACCUCGGCUCAGUUUUGAUCUAAACCAUAGAUCUAAAUUCUGACUUAUUUCCCGCCACGCAAAGUGAUGACGUCUCAUCAGGAUCCUGUGGUGGUAAAAUGUACAGACUGGUGGUCCAGGUAACAUCACGUCACCUCUGCGCUACCUGCUGCUCGCUUCUGUUGACUGUUUCUGGUGUCGUUUCUGGUUUCUGGAGUGAAACAUGACGUCAGAUAAAAAUCACAGUCUUGUCUGCAGGAAGUGGGAAUGUGGUCUUUGAAAAAAAAACCAUGUAGACCUGCUGAUUGUGGUGGAAAAGCAGCAUUAGUUGAUGGUCUUUGUUCUGAUGGCCUCUUCUGACAAGUCCACGGUCAGAGGUCAGACCAGAACCGACCCAACAGAGACGAUCUCUGAGAGUCUUUAUCAUGAGAUCUAUGAAUAGAGGCAGAAGGAGGAGGUGGGAGGUGGAUUUCCAUCGAGCCUCCGUCACCCUUGACAGCAUCGUGUCUCAUUCAGGACAGAGAGGCUUUAAACGACCCCUGGAGUCCGGAGGAGGGCCCUGGGAGACCGGAGGGGUCGUGAUGGAGGGAUGAGAGAGAGAGAGAGAGAGAGAGACACUGAGAGAGAGAGGGAGAGAGAGAGGGGGGAUGGACCGCAGCCAAUCAUCGACAAGCAGAAUAAACUGGAGUGGAGACAGAGAGGAGAUUUCAUAAAGACGAGCAUGAUGUCUCAGAGGAGGACCGAGGACAGACACGACGGACGGAUCCGGAUGUGAAGGAGGAGGUGAUGAGGAGCAGCCAGGUGGUUCCGUCCAGACUCUCAUCUCGUUCAGCGGGUGGUACAGGCCGUCAGGAAGCCGAACAUCAGAGCCUCAGUGCUGGAUGUGAUCCCAGCGUGAAUUAGAGACACCUCCCCUCCGUCCCUUCAUGUGCUCAGACGGAGGUGUGCGGAGGAGAGCCCGCGGCCGAUGCCCGGAGAAAACCGCCGGCUGUGUGCAGGCAGCUGCGGCCGACAGGAAGGUGGUGGUACCCGAGCGAUUCUCCUCUGCGCCCCGGCUCCGGCUCCGGCUCCGGCACCGCUGAGGAAUGGGCUGCGCUCCCAGUAUCCACGUCUCUCAGAGCGGGGUGAUCUACUGCCGAGACUCGGACGAGUCCAACUCCCCGCACCAGACCACCACCAUCUCUCAGGGCACCGCGGCCACGCUGCACGGGCUCUUCAUCAAGACCGACGCGGCGGAGACCAUCCCGUCCGUCAUCACCUACCAGAACCGACACUCCCGCAACAACUCGUGCCGGGAUCGGAAGGAGAACAGCGGGGGACACGUCCGCAUCGAGGCCGAGACGCAGACCAGCCACACCAGCGUCAAGGUUUCAGCCACAGAAGAAUGUGUAGGACCCAUGAGACUGACUCAGGAGCCCAUCCAGGUCCUGCUGGUGUUCGCCAAGGAGGACAGCCAGAGCGAUGCCUUCUGGUGGGCCUGCGACCGCGCCGGCUUCAGGUGUAACAUCGCACGGACGCCUGAGUCUGCCGUCGAGUGUUUCCUGGACAAGCACCAUGAGAUUAUAGUCAUUGAUGGACGUCACUCGCGCUACUUUGAGCCUGAAGCUGUGUGCAGGUUGAUCCGCGCCACAAAGCCCUCUGAAAACACAGUUAUUCUCGCCAUUGUGCCACAAAGGCCGGCUGACCAGGAGGAGCCGUCUGUUCUUCCUCUCCUCUGUGCUGGAUUCAGCAGAAGGUUUGUGGAGAACAGCAGCGUGUCAGCCUGCUACAAUGAGCUCAUACAGAUCGAACACGGAGAGGUGCGCUGCCAGUUCAAACUCAGGGCUUGUAACUCUGUCUUCACUGCGCUGGAGCUCUGUCAAGAGGCUGUGGAGAUCACCAGUGAAGACCACAUAAUACAGUACGUGAACCCAGCGUUUGAGCGGAUGAUGGGCUACCACAAGGGGGAGCUGAUCGGGAAGGAACUGACUGAACUCCCCAAGAGCGACAAGAACAGAGCCGACCUGCUGGACACCAUCAACACCUGUAUCAAGAAAGGAAAGGAGUGGCAGGGUAUUUACUACGCCAGAAAGAAGUCAGGCGACAGCAUACAGCAACACGUGAAGAUAACACCUGUCAUCGGCCAGGGGGGGAAGAUUCGUCAUUUUGUAUCCAUCAAGAGGCCUCAUAUAGACAACAACAAUCAGGUCCACAAGUUCAACAAGGAAGAGCGAUGCAGCGGGGAACAUUCUCAGUCAGAGUGUCAUUCUCUACGUCACCGGGACAGGAGGAAAGAUUCAAUUGACGCCAGAUCGCUCAGCUCUCGUGGUAGUGACGCUCCCAGUUUACAGAAUCGAAGGUACUCCUCCGUCGCCAGGAUUCACUCCAUGACUAUCGAGGCUCCCAUCACCAAGGUAAUAAACAUCAUCAACGCAGCCCAGGAGAGCAGCCCGGUGACGGUAGCCGAGGCUCUAGAUCGUGUGCUGGAGAUCCUGAGAACCACCGAGCUCUACUCCCCUCAGCUCGCCUCUAAAGAAGAUGACCCCCACACCAACGACCUGGUCGGGGGGCUCAUGAGUGACGGCCUGCGGAGACUCUCUGGGAAUGAAUAUGUCUUCUGCAAAAAUAUGAGUCAGAGCCAGCUGGCUAUCCCAGUCACCCUGAAUGACGUCCCCCCGUCCAUCGCUGAGAUGCUGAAUGAUGAGGAGUGCUGGGAGUUCAACAUCCUGGAGCUGGAGGCAGCAACACACAAGAGACCGCUGACGUACCUCGGGCUGAAGAUCUUCACCAGUUUCGGCGUGUGCGAGUUCCUGAACUGCUCGGAGGCCACGCUGCGCUCCUGGCUGCAGCUCAUGGAGGCGAGCUACCACGCCUCCAACUCCUAUCACAACUCCACGCACGCCGCAGACGUGCUGCACGCCACUGCCUACUUCCUGCGCAAAGAGAGAGUCAAGAGCAGUCUGGACCAGCUGGACGAGGUAGCAGCUCUGAUCGCAGCCACGGUUCACGACGUGGACCACCCGGGCCGGACCAACUCCUUCCUAUGUAACGCCGGCAGCGAGCUGGCGAUCCUGUACAACGACACGGCCGUGCUGGAGAGCCACCACGCUGCGCUCGCCUUCCAGCUCACCGUCCGAGACAGCAAGAGCAACAUCUUCAAGAACACCGACAGGAACCAGUUCCGGACGCUUCGACAGGCGAUUAUCGACAUGGUGCUGGCCACGGAGAUGACGAGACACUUCGAGCACGUCAGCAAGUUCGUCAACAGCAUCAACAAGCCGAUGGCGGCCAUCGAAGAGACCAGCACAAGUAGCAUGAACAGCGACUGUGACGGUCAGGCCAACAUCAGGAACUCUCCAGAGAACCGGCUGCUGAUUAAGAGGAUGUUGAUCAAGUGUGCAGAUGUGGCGAACCCCUGCAGACCGCUGGAGCUCUGCAUCGAGUGGGCAGGACGGAUCUCUGAGGAGUACUUUGCACAGACGGAUGAGGAGAAGAGACAGGGGCUGCCCGUGGUGAUGCCGGUGUUUGACAGGAACACCUGCAGCGUGCCCAAAUCUCAGAUCUCCUUCAUUGACUACUUCAUCACCGACAUGUUCGACGCCUGGGAUGCCUUCGCCUGCCUGCCGGGCCUCAUGGAGCACCUGUCGGAGAACUACAAGUACUGGAAGGGCUUGGACGAGAUGAAGUGUAAGAGUCUGCGUCCUCCUCCUUCCUGACCGACUCCUCGUCGCCUCCGUCGCUCUGAGCGGGCGGGACAGACGGUGCGGCCCUCGCUGGAACAAUGAAGUCUCUUCAGCUGUGAUUCGACGGAGCUCUGUGGCCUCCCAGGCGACCCUGGACUCGGGCGAUGCGGGCAGAGCGGACAUCACCGUCUGACGGACGCUGAGACGCGUUUCCAUCUCAAAUCACAGCCUCUUUUCUGGUGUGGAGCCGGUGAGGAGUCGGAGGAGAACAGGUUGUCAUUUGAGGGCCCCGUCGACUCUCUGUUGCCACUUUUUACGGCCCUGUUAAGUAUUCCUAAUAGCACCUGUGUGGACCUCACCUGACAAUCUGUACCAUACAGUAUGACACACCACAAACCUGCACUUUAGCUAAUCGGGACGUUUUCAGUUAGAGCUCCUUUUGAUGUUUUUGCUUUUCAGUCUGUAUCUUUAUUUUCAUCCUGCAUCUGUCUGAAGCACCGGCUCUUCAGAACUCCCUCUUCAAACCACCAACAUGUGAAGGUGCUCAGCUGGACUGAUUCACUCUACGGAGCUGUGAUCUGACUGACACUUUGACUCGUGUCUGGGACCAAAUCCUGAACAAUCCAUCCUGUCGGGCCCCGAACAGAGAGAACUAGCUCCAGAGACGGUUCCAGGGUCCAAUCAGGGGGGAGAACCGGCCAUCUUUGGUGACGAUUGCUGGAUUCAAAGAUUGUGUAGCUGGUGGAGAAAUAUGUCACCCAGAAAUCUACUGUUACAGUAACGUCCUCCACGUCAUCGUCCUCUGAGCUCUGUGAAAGCAGUCGGUGGAGAUUUUUGUCAAACUCGUACGUCAGAACGUUUCCUCCUCCACCUGCUGAUGGAAAGUCAGGCGAAGUUUGGUCACUGCAGACUGUGAUCACAGCAGACGAGCUGGAGGAGGAGAGGAGGACUUUAUAUCUUCAGGAGAACAGGAGGACUUUAU